AUGGCAAGCAUAGUUAUGGUUCCUAAGCAACCCUUAUUAGUCCUAAAAAAUCAUAGGUUAAGUAGUCAUUUCCUUGCAAAAACAGCGUCAUAUAGAGUGAUUAGGAAUGAAAAAACUUCCUCAUUCAAUUAUAGAACCACUGUUAAUGUUCCACUCAAUGAAUUGCCAGGGGCUUCUUUUGAUCAAUAUAUGGAUGAUAAGGUUAGAGUUUUCAGAGCAGUAUUUCCUGACAAAGGAAAAACCAAACAACUCAAUGAAGAAGAAUGGAGAGUUAAAAUGCCUCCAAUACAAUGCUUAUUCAUGAAUGUUGAGCCAACAGCAGAUGUAAGGUUGAGAUUUAAGUCUAAUGGUGAAGAUUAUCCACCUCAUAUUCCUAAUCAUAUUACCAAAGUUCUUGAACUUCACUUUAUGAAGUGGGAGCUUCAAGGAUUGAAUAACUUUUACAAUGAUCCUUACCAUUUCAGUUUAGAUGUAAGAGGUACUAUACAUCCGGAAAGAAGCGGAAAACGUAGUUGGCUCAAGAAUCAAAUGGAGAUGAAAAUAAGCUUUAUUGUUUCACCAGCAAUGGUUUUUGUACCUGAACAUGUCUUACAAGAUGCAUUAGAAUUGAUUUUCCAAACAAUGUGGAAUGAAAUGAAGCAGGAAUUUCAUGGUAGAUUACUGGCAGACUAUAAUAGUUUCAAGAGAUACAAAUCAAAGAAGAAUCCAGUCUAA